UUAUACUGAUUACUGAUAAACACUGGACUUGUAAAAUCAUAAAAUGAAAAUUUCUGCUCUAAUAGAUAAAUUCAUUAUAGAAAUGAAAAAGUUAUUAAUUUAGACAUAUCUGAAAUGUAUAGUGAAGAGCCAAUGAAUGCAAAAUACAUAACGUUGAUUUGCAUUUUGCAGUGAAUGAAUAUUCACAUUCUGGACUUGUUCAUUGUUGAGAAUGCGUUACUAUAAACAACAAAAAAAGUAUUAAACUCAACUAUUACUCGAAUACAAGAAAAAUUGUCAAGCUCUCGUGUUUUACAUUGUGAUUCUGUUUUCCAAUGUGAGUGAAAUAGUGUUUCAUCGUCUUUGAAAAAGACAGAAAAAGUUUUACCCUAUUUUUGAUGUUCAGUCAAUCGUCCAUGAUAUUCGUCUCAAAUCUCGAACUUUCAAUUUCAUAUUAUUGGCUAUAUUCGAAAAUCGUUAUUGUUUCAUCAUGUCAUCAAAAAGCGAACUGAAGAAACUAUCUGAAGAAAGUUUAACCAGACAACCUGAAGAAGUUUUCGAUAUCAUUUGCAAGCUAGGAGAGGGAUCUUAUGGAAGCGUUUACAAAGCUCUACACAAAGAGUCUGGCCAGGUGCUUGCUAUCAAGCAAGUACCAGUGGAUACAGAAUUGCAUGAAAUAAUAAAAGAAAUCUCCAUAAUGCAGCAAUGUGAUAGUCCUUAUGUCGUGAAGUAUUACGGUUCUUAUUUCAAAAAUACGGACUUAUGGAUCGUGAUGGAAUAUUGCGGCGCUGGCUCGGUUUCUGAUAUAAUGAGACUUCGUAAGAAAACACUGUCAGAGGAUGAAAUCGCUACAAUUUUAUCGGAUACCUUGAAAGGCCUAGAAUAUUUACACUUGAGAAGAAAAAUCCAUAGAGACAUAAAAGCAGGAAAUAUUUUACUGAACACCGAAGGUCAUGCUAAAUUGGCUGAUUUUGGCGUUGCUGGGCAAUUAACGGAUACCAUGGCUAAACGAAAUACCGUUAUUGGUACUCCGUUUUGGAUGGCUCCGGAAGUAAUUCAAGAGAUAGGAUACGACUGUGUUGCUGACAUUUGGAGUCUUGGUAUAACUGCUUUAGAAAUGGCUGAAGGGAAACCCCCUUAUGGUGAUAUUCAUCCGAUGAGAGCCAUAUUUAUGAUACCAACGAAACCGCCUCCUUCUUUGAGAGAAUCAGAUAAAUGGUCUCCCGAAUUCGUUGAUUUUGUUAAUCGUUGCUUGGUGAAAAAUCCCGAGGAAAGAGCUUCAGCUAGUGAUAUGCUGCAACACGAUUUUAUUAAAAAUGCCAAACCGUGUUCUAUACUUAGUCAAAUGAUAUUGGAAGCUAGAGAAAUCAGGGAGAAUCUAAAUUACGCUGCCGCUAAUAUGAACAAUAACAGAAAAAAUCUCGCUUUGAUUGAUGACGCUGCAUCCAAAACGCUGAUGCGAGGCGACUAUGAAGAUAAUGAUAAAACUUUGGUGCCGGAAAUGUUACGGGGUGCUGGCAGUUUGACGACCAAAAUGAGUACCUUGACUGAAGAUUUAAAUACGAUGGUAAUUAACAGUGAUGGUACAGAUGACGAUGCAACUAUGAAAAGACAUGAUACUGGUUCUGCUGACUAUGGGAAAAAAUAUCGCCCACCUUUUAUGGACCAUUUUGAGAAAAAAGAAUCAGAAAAUAAUUAUAAGGAUUCAAGACAGUUACCGUCCACUUUAUUUUUUAAAAGCCAGUCACCACUAAUUAAUAUGAAUUCAAUGAAUGUGCUACCACCUAUUCAACAACCUCCUGUUGCGGAAUACGUAGUACCGCCAAGAUUGAUUGAGCAACCACCUCUACCACCACCGAAACCUGGCAACGAAGAAGUAAAACCUGAACUAGCCGUUCAUAAUAAAUUUCGCUCAGCUAUUGUAGAAGGAGAUUUUGAAUUUUUGAAGUUUCUAAGUUAUGAUGAACUUCAGCAACGAAUGAGUACAUUAGAUUCUGAAAUGGAAAGAGAAAUUGAAGAACUUCGUAAAAGGUAUCAAACUAAACGACAGCCUAUUCUAGACGCUAUAGAUUUAAAAAGAAAACGCCAGCAGAAUUUUUAAUAAUCGUAUAAGGCUUUUGACGUAUUGCGGGUUGCAUAUCGGUUUGCCUGAACUUUAUCGGUUUGGUGGGCAUUCUUAUCAGUGAGUAUCAAAAUGUCAUAUUUUGAGCAAUUUUCAUAAGGUGUUUUUGAAAUGUAUAGCUUUUAUUUAGUUUUUUCUUCAAUUUUAAACACUGUUAAACCCUGUAAUGGAAAAAGAUCCUCUCUUCGUCGAGUUUUAAAGAAGUUGACAAAACGUCUUUGAACCUCGACAAAGAGCGGAUCUUUUUCCAUCACAGGAUUCAACAGUGUUUAAAAUUGAUGGAAAAACUAAAUAAAAGCUAUAAAUUUCAAAAAAACCUUGUGAAAAUUGCUCAAAAUAUGAAAUUUUGAUACUCACUGAUAAGAAUGCCCACCAAACCGAUAAAGUUCAGGCAAACCGAUAUGCAACCCGCAAUACGUCAAAAGCCUUAUUUCUCUCUCCUUAUUAACAUUGUUUUUUCGUUUGUUUUCCUUCUUUCUCAUUAUUUUUCCACGAUUAUCAUUAUUGUUGUAGUAUUGUUUGAUAUGUUCUGAAAGGCGUAACUUUCAGGAAUAUUCUGCAUGAAGUGAAAAGCAAAAUUUUUUUAUUUGUUUACCAUUUAAAUAUUUCAUAUACUUAGUAAUCAAAUUUUGACUAUUGUUCGUGAAAUUAAUUUUAACUAGCUCGCGUUGUAGGUAAAAACAGGUUGAAGUACGUAAAUGGAACAUUAUUCUUGUGUUCCACUUCACGUAGGUUAUUCUCGUUUAAUUACAGGGUAUCUUCUACGAAUGUUCUUUUUUUCUAGUUUUAUAUUCGAAUUUUUAACGUUUGAAAGGGUUUGUGUGUUUUAUAAUGCAAAGUUUUUGAAAAAAUUUUUUCUAGGCUUUGGAUUUAAAAUUUGAUAUGUUUUUAAUUUUGCACUUGGAAAAAUUAAGGUCGUGCUCUUCUACGAAAAUCAAAUAUUUUAGUCGUUAUUUGUAGUUUUAAAAAAGAAAUGCAUUUUCUGAUAUUUAGAUAAAGAUAAUAUUUUUUUGAAAUUAAUAAUUUCAAAUAGACAUCGUGAACGAUUUUGAUCUGAUAAUGUAAAAUGGCAGUUCCUGUUACGCUCAACGAAAACUGUGAUGAAAAAAAAAGUCAGAAACUGAUUUAUUUUUAAAAUAUACUUAGUAUUUAUUUUAUUUUAAAAUUUUUUCGUUGUACGUCUGUUUCGAUUAAUUGAGUAGAACUCUUUUUUACUUGUUGAACGUUACACGAACGUUUUGUAGUGUGUUCAAAAAUGGUUGUUAUGGUGUUCGUAAAGUUACGCCUGUUAUUCUGAUUCUGAUACCUAUAUUAUGUUAUUAUUUUGUGAAAUCAUUUAGAUCCCCUAACUAUUUGAUGUAACCCCAUCAACUGAAAACAGCAAUAACAUUUCAAUGCAGUGUUACUCAUACCACUGUAAUUAUUUAUAUUGUGUAUUUUAAAACAUCGAUUGAAAAGUGCCUAGAAAAUCAUAUUUUUAUAUAUUAUUAGACGCUGUAAUUACCAAUUAUUCGCGUAUUUUUUUGUUUUACAACAAUUUUUUUUUUCGGUUUUUUAAAAGAUUUAUAUUGACUGACAAAUAACAUGUUAUUAGAUAGUGUUAACAACAAUAUUUAUAAAAAUUAAAAAACUGACAAUGGUUUUCA